AGAGCCAGACACGCGCACGGCCACCGUCGACACAUAAAACCUGCCUGCGGCGCACAGACCAAAGACGGCAGCGGCGCUCCCCUACCUUCCCCAGUCUUCUUCCUCGGCUCCUCCAGAUCAUAAUUCAUCCCUGAGUUGUUGCUGCCGAAAUGGGCAGCACGGAAUCCCCAGCGCCAGUGCAGACACCGGCUGCUGCUUGCUCCAUUGUGAACCAAGCCCCAGCUCCUGCCACUGACUCGAAGCCGAAGAAGAAGAUAUGCUGCGCUUGCCCUGACACCAAGAGGCUCAGAGAUGAGUGCAUCGUCGAGCACGGGGAGUCUGCCUGCACCAAGUGGAUCGAGGCUCACAAGCAAUGCCUCCGUGCCGAGGGGUUCAAGGUCUGAUUCUUCUAUAGCUAGUCCCCUGAGGACGCUGCAUUUGCUUUCAUGGAUGUUGCAGAACUUGCUAUUUGAGAUUCAGUUAGAGGAGUUGUCUUGUUUUUCAAUGUUGUGCCUGUGGUUUAAUGGUUAGAAAGCUUUAAGAGUACCUGUUUCCAUGGGAAAUAAAUUACUGAUGACUGUGACUUUAUGGGUUAUAUGAGAAAUUUUCUCGGUGUUCA